UGAAGCCAUGUGUGCUGAAGAUAAUUCCCCUUUCUGGUAACAACUUAUGGAGCAGGAUGAGGACAAUUCAGUCAGAAUUAUUCACUAAAAAGAGUUAUCCUGCAUCACUCAGAGGAGGAGAAUCAGUUUUAGAAGUGUGUGAAGGUUGCUAUCACUUACCUUAGAAUAUUCAAAAUAGACACCAGCAGGGGCCAGUUCUCUCCUCAGGUUAGCUCAAGAUGGCAGACCAGAGGCAACGCUCGCUCUCUACCUCUGGGGAGUCCUUGUACCACGUGCUGGGGCUGGACAAAAAUGCCACUUCAGAUGAUAUCAAAAAGUCUUACAGGAAACUGGCAUUGAAAUAUCAUCCUGAUAAAAACCCUGAUAAUCCAGAGGCAGCAGAAAAAUUUAAAGAGAUCAAUAAUGCCCACGCAAUAUUGACGGAUGCCACAAAGCGGAACAUUUACGAUAAGUAUGGGUCUCUGGGGCUCUAUGUAGCAGAGCAGUUUGGUGAAGAAAAUGUGAACACGUACUUCGUGCUGUCCAGCUGGUGGGCAAAGGCCUUGUUUGUGUUCUGUGGGCUCAUCACAGGCUGCUACUGCUGCUGCUGUCUGUGCUGCUGCUGUAAUUGUUGCUGUGGGAAGUGUAAACCGAAACCUCCCGAAGGCGAAGAGCAGGAAUUCUACGUCUCUCCAGAGGACUUGGAGGCACAGUUGCAGUCAGAUGAAAGGGAGGCCUCAGACGCACCUAUUGUGAUACAGCCAGCAUCAGCCACAGAGACAACCCAGCUCACAGCUGACUCUCACCCCAGCUACCACACUGAUGGAUUUAAUUAAGUUAAGGAAACACUGUCAUUAGAAUGGAUAAAAAAAAAAAAAUACAUGGCCAACUCAACACUAGAAUCAUGAACAUUAGAAGUAGAGAACGGGGAGGGGGAAUAAUUCUGCCACAGUAAGAGGGCAGCUUUCCAACCUGCCGAAAAUAUUUUGUAAUCCCUUCAGCCUUUUGUCACCUUUCAGUGUCGUAUCUCGACGAUACGUGAAGUGCUGUAGCAUGCAGUAUUUAAAGCAGUUUAGCUACGGUCUUAUUUGUUUCCUUUCUUUUUUUUUCCCUCCUGUUUUGUUUUGUUUUUUGUUUUUUUAUAGCAUGUAUGGAGUUAUGUUAAAUGUCUGUGGUGUAACGUAUUGAGUUGUCACAAUAUCAGUGUGAUGGAGACAUUCUGCAUUUUAAGCAGUGGUACUGGCCUAAAAAUGAGAUUUAAAAAGUGUCACAGAAGCCACUGUUCUUCUGUACAGCUGAGCUGUUGAAGACCUUUAGAAGUUGAGGAUUUUCAUUUGAGUGCAACAAACCAAUUCUUUCAUUCCUCCUUCUAUUCCUGCGUUAUUAUCUAAGCAAGUUUACAAAGCCAAGAACCAAAAAAUGCCAGUCCUGCAGAGCUGGAGUCCUCUCUAAUGCUGGUUUUCAGCUUAAAUAAAUCUACCUUGAAAAAUAAAAAGGGAGAGUUGCCAAUCUUUGAACAGUAAAUUGAACAGCUCCUUGUGUAUGAGGCGGUCUCCAGUGACAGUGGAACCAAAACCAACUGGGAAUGGGCUCCUGUGGUGGUGGCAGUGGGAUUUUAACUCCAAGCACAAUUCUGUUUUGAUUUGAGUUCACUUGUUUUCCUGUAAUGCUAAAGACCAAAUAAUGCAGCUUUGUUUCUGAAUGCAUGAGAAUCUUAAAGUGAAACUGGUUAACUGGCUCUCACUGAGCAAAUGGUAAAAUGCAGACAGUAGGCAACAGCAGAAAUGUUUGAAAACAAUUGAUGUUUAAAAUUUUGUUCUAAUAAUUUGAGACUUUAAUAGGCAAAUGGGGUAUUACAUGUCUUUUUUUAAAACUUUUAUAAUACACUAACCCUUUAAUUUAAUGAACAUCUUUAUGGAGUACUUAAAUGGGUUUUAAAGAACAAACCACCUUUCUUUGUGUUUAUAUUGUAUAAUUUGCACAUUGUCUUGCAUUUAGAUUGUUUACACCAGUGUUUCUCUUUUCUUUGGAACAACUAUGUGGAAACCACUGAAAGGUUUCCUGUACUAUUUUGAAACCAAAUCAAGUCUGAAUUCUGUUCUAGAAACUGUGGUUUACUGAGGUUUAACUGUUAAAAAGGCAUUUUAGGCAGCUGCUGAAUUACUGGCAUAUUUUGUUGUCAAUAGUCCUGCUUUAGGUGAUCCAGAGUCAGAUGUAGAACAGCUCCAGAGAACCCACCCUUGGCACUUAGAGAGGGUAAUUACGGCCUCAUCAAUUUUAAUCGUUACAGUUUUAUAUCACAAUCCUCUGCUGUCCCUUGUACCCCCAUCCCCCUGAUCUGUUUUCCCCUCUUUCUGUGGAGGGGCUGUUGGCACCUUCCCCCCCCGUGCCUGCUGCUCCCUCAAAGCUCCAGGUGGUGCUUUGAAGCAAGAUAAAGAUCCAUUGGUCUGCACAAAGGCUGCCAGGAAAGGGCAGGGACCCAGAGAACUAUUCUGAAUAUAUUUUCCUGCUGUCUUUGCAUGAGCAACGUGAAGUCUGCCAUGAAACCAUGUUAAACGUGCUGGGUAGGAGAACAUGUUCUCCCCAAGGUCUCAGUGCUCAGUGAGGAGUGUUUGCACACCCAGACUUUGCUGUGGCUGUUGGUACAAGCACAUAUUUGCCUGCAUGGGAGCUUGUUACAGAUCAGCAUGAUUUUAGUACCAUAUCCAGCCCCCAAAAUUCCCCAAAAAAUCUGUUACUUUUAAUUAAUGGCUCAAUUUCAGCAACACACUCCUUAAAUAAUUUCUUCUUUGCCCAUAGUCCUUACAGACCUGAAAUGUGGCGGUUUAGUGCAAGAUACUUUUAAUUUCUCCUGACUUGGAUGGCCUUGAGAACAUUUGUAUAUGAUUUGGCUUGAGGUCCUUAUUUAGUUAAUGUCUUUCUUUGACCCCUUGGAACAAAAAGCCAUUUUUAGGCUUAAACCCAAUAUCAUUUUGUCUGUCCCUGUAGAUUUUGCCUGAAGCCUGUUCUUGGUGUAAAAUUGCACUCUGGAAAAUGGUGGGGCAUGUGCAGGCUUUGUCCUCUCAUUCACUGGUUAAAAUUGCCUGUAUCUGCAAAUUGUGUUCUUGGUAAAAAAGAAAAAAAAAAAAGGUAUUGAGGUUGUUUGGCUUUGUAAAUGAGUGUGGCUGAUCAGAGCCAGUGAGUGAAUGAGGGAGGCUCUUCCCUGGGAGCUGUUCCAUUCCCUGUCCCUGUGUUCAUCUCAGUGGAUAACACAGAGAUGGCUGCUGGGUGUUGCUCUGCUGCAGAGCACCUUUGCCCCCAGUGCUGGGGGCUGGUUGCCACUGUUAAUUUGGAAUAAUGCUCUUAUUUCUUAACCUCUUUGGGCUGUUUCCACAGAAGUAGAGAGGCUGGUGGGAAGUUGUGGCUCCAGGGAGGUGUGUGACACACCUGGAGUCACUCUGCAGGCUCCUGACAAGGGAACUGAAGUGUGGGCAGCACAUGAGGACCAGAGGCAGAACAGUUAUCUGUGGGGAAAGAUGACAUCCAGGAUAAGUUUGCAGUUUUAGAUCUUUGCUUAGCAAGGGAUGAGUUUGGAGAGAGACUGCUUUCCUGUUGGUUCUGUCUGUGGGUGGUUUGUGAACAGGAAAUUAGUCUGUUACAUGCCAGAGUGUUGUUAGAUGCUCCAAGGGAGACCAUUCUGAGAUCUCACUUACAGGGAAUGAUGGGAAAACAUAAUUCUAGAGGAAUAUUCAUGUUUUUUGAAGCUUUUUCAAGUUUGCCCAUGUUACUGCCUAAUCUCUGAGUUUGGGAUUUUUGUAUAUUAGUGAAGUUUUUCUUGAACUAUGUAAGGAAGUGAUUUAAACAUUCCUCCUUUGAAGCCAAUACCGUGUCAUGGCACAUAAGUACAUUAAUGCCCACUUUUCCCCUCUUGGAGGGAAGGUGCAAGAGUACCCUGGGCUCUAACACGAGUUGCACUUCAUAAUGGCCAAGUAGAAUCCUAGUAAAUGCAAAGUUCAAUUGGGAAUAAUGGUUUAAAAUCUGGCAGAGAAGCUCAGAGAGCAAUUCUGAGCUUGGGCAAGGGGAGUUGCAGCAUCCCAGUGCUGCAGCCUGACCUGGCUUAGUGCAGAAUGUUUCCCUCCAAAAUCAAACCUGACCACUGUCCAUCUCAGUCCAGUGUUUUGCCAGAAUUAAAACUUGAGCUUGGAUUUUAUUUAUUUAUUUGUUUCUUUAAAGUUGUAUCAUUUGUACAAGUUGCCUGAGUCCUCCAUUCCAGUUGUUCGGCCGCUUCCAUCCAGCUCCUCCAACCUCUCCAGCACUGAUGUUCUUAGCACUUGUAGCUCCAUUGGGGUGAAUCCCAACUGGAGAAUUUGGUGUUCAGGAUACUGAUUUAUCCAUGUGUUGCAUGGAGAGCCAUUCCUAGCUUGGGUGAGGAGGGAAAGCUGCUGCUGAGAGCGCUCAGGCGCCAGCUGUCCCUCCUGCACAUGAAGCUGCUGGAAAAGGAGGUGCUGGAUCUGUCCUGCCCAUCCUCCCUAGGGAUGGGAACAUCCUAAACGCACUGUACUGAAGGGGCAUUGCACCCCUUAAAUGCCAGUCUCAUUUUGUUAGUGAUAUUUGUAGGAAAUUCUUAAAUAUUUAUCUGUAUAUAAAUUUAUGUAAGACCUCAGUGGCAUCCCAUAGGGUGUCGGAUUUUGCUGGUCCCAUGCAGUGGUGUUUUAGAGCCAUGUUCCCUUUUUAGUCUUCUUUUUAGAUUUGUAGUCUUUUAAAACUGCUUUAGAUAUUAGCACUCCUAGUGUUCUUAAAGUGGGAUCCUCUUGGAGGUUUGGAGGGGCAGAACUGAGGAGGAGGGCUUGGGCAUGGCACAGAAACACCCAGUCCUGCAGCAGGGCUGUGGUCGGGGGAGUGCUGCUCUCCAAACCCUUCCUGUCAGCCUGUAAACACCUCACACAGGUGUAACCAGGGCAGGAGCCUGGCAGAAAAACUAUUCCUGUCCCAUCUGUGAGGCAGUUUAGUGCUGUGGGGGGGACACCUGUGCACUCUGAGGGGCUGUUCCAGAGCAUUUGUACCACGCACGCUCCUUGAGAGAGGCACCUGCUUCUCUCAACGGCUUUGUGCCCUUCCUCUGGUGCCCUUUGAUAUUUUGCCAAGUUCUGGAUAAUUUAGGAAAUUUAUGCUGCAGGUUUUUUGUACCCAGUGCACCUGUAUCUUGGCAUCAUGUUUAACAGGUCACUCUGGCAGGGUGGUCAGGGCAGUUUGCAGCCCCCACCUCGUGUCAAUAAUUCCGAAUGGUGUUUAAAUGCAUUAAUCUUGGAGCACUGAACCGUAACCCCCCAGUAAUAGUUUGUAGUGUCAGGUCGAUAUAAACUUCACAUGCUUCAGCAUCUGGUGCUGCUUCUCUGCAUUCUAGUGGAGAUCAUCUAGUUUGUAGUGUCUCAUUGCACCAACAGCUGCUUAAAAUCUCUCGAAAGAAUCGUAGCCAGUAGCUCACCAGGUGGCAGGAAAUUUGUCAGUGUUCAGCUCCCGCAAGAUCCAUGGUCCCCUCCACGAGCUGCCUUUGGAGGCUUUCUGGGACUGUCUGGGACUCAGCAAGACUGCAAUUCCUGUGUUCUUCCAAGAAGACACUUCCUUUACGAGGAGAAGCCGCGGGAGGGAAGCUGGCUGUCUGAUGUUUGCACAAGCCAAAUGCCAGAAAUCUGGAAGAUGAACUUUCAUUAUGCCAAUGUUACAUGCACAGUUCAUUUUGGUGUUAAAAGGAUAGAUGCUGGGAAUUUCUGGUGGUUAUAUAUAUAUAUGUAUGUAUAUGUAUAGAGGAAGCUCUUAUAUAAACUGGCUGUUCAUUCC